CUAGCUUGUCUUAGCUCUUCUUCUCUCUUCCACGCCGCUGUGUGGUUCUUGUUAGGUUAGCGUGCUCCUCAGUGUCUGAAACAGUGAACCUGUGUGGAAGAAGGAUUUCACAUUAUGGCGUUAAACCUCACCAUCAACACAAGCAAUCCGCCUCUAGGAGUGCUGCUGACGGCAGAGCAUGUGAAGGGCAUUGUCCAGGUUUCAGUGGCGGAAGGCAAGGACACACAACUUCACGUCUCCGAUUCGGUCCAGUUCAAUGAUGUCAACUCUAUCAGUCGGUACUUGGCCCGGGUGGCUCCCGCUCUAGGUCUCUACGGAGCCAACAUGAUGGAGCAGACUGAGGUCGACCACUGGUUGGAGUUCAGUGCUCGCUGUCUGUGUGGUCAGGUCAUCCUGAGCAAAUCACUGGGGGAGUUGCAUAAGGCCCUUUCCCUGCGGACCUUCCUGGUUGGACAUACCCUCACCCUGGCUGACUUGUCCGUCUGGGGAGCCCUGAAAGGUCAUGCCGGAUGGCCAAGCCAGGGCGAAUCCUUCUCCCACGUCAAUCGCUGGUUCUCUUUCCUGAGCACGCAGGUUCCCUUCACUGCUUUGGGAAACAAGUUUGCCAGUAAGAAAGCUCCAUUGAGCAAAUCCAGCUCUGAUGACAAGAAGCAAGAUGUUGGCAAGUUUGUGGAUUUGCCAGGAGCUGAGAUGGGCCAAGUGGUGGUUCGAUUCCCUCCGGAAGCCAGUGGAUACCUGCACAUCGGCCACGCCAAGGCUGCUCUGCUCAACCAGCACUACCAGAUCACAUUCAAAGGCAAGCUCAUCAUGCGCUUCGACGACACCAAUCCCGAGAAGGAAAAGGAAGACUUUGAGAAGGUGAUCCUGGAAGAUGUUGCCAUGCUCCAGAUCCAUCCGGACCAGUUCACUUACACCAGUGACCAUUUCCCCACCAUAAUGGGAUUUGCGGAACAGAUGCUCCAGGAAGGCAAAGCUUACAUCGACAACACGCCUCCUGAGCAGAUGAAGCUGGAGAGGGAGCAGCGCAUCGAGUCCAAAUGCAGAAAUAACACGGUGGAGCAGAACAUGAAGAUGUGGUCGGAGAUGAAAGCUGGUUCAGUGAGCGGUCAGACCUGUUGUAUGAGGGCCAAGAUCGACAUGAACUCAAACAAUGGGUGCCUGAGAGACCCCACCCUCUACCGCUGCAAGAACACUCCUCACCCUCGCACCGGAGGCUCCUACAAAGUCUACCCCACAUACGACUUUGCCUGUCCCAUCGUGGACAGUUUGGAGGAUGUGACGCACGCCCUCAGGACCACCGAGUACCACGAUCGGGACGAGCAGUUCUACUGGAUAAUCGAUGCGCUGCGCCUCAGGAAGCCCCACAUCUGGGAGUACGCCCGACUCAACCUCAACAACACAGUCCUUUCCAAGAGGAAGCUCACCUGGUUUGUUGACCAGGGAUUCGUCGAUGGAUGGGAUGACCCUCGCUUCCCCACGGUCAGAGGCGUCUUGAGGAGAGGCAUGACCGUUGAGGGUCUGAAGCAGUUCAUAGCUGCCCAGGGUGGCUCACGGUCAGUGGUGAACAUGGAGUGGGACAAGAUCUGGGCCUUCAAUAAAAAGCUGCCAAUUAGCUGUCUCAAGGUCAUCGACCCGGUAGCUCCCAGGUACACGGCUCUGUCCGGCUCCUACGUGGUUCCCGUCUCCGUCUCCGAGGCAACGGAGGAGAUGAAGGAGGUGGCCAAACACCCGAAGAACGCAGAGGUGGGCAUGAAGCAGGUUUGGUACGGACCUCGGGUUCUGGUUGAAGGAGCUGAUGCUGAGACCUUCUCAGAGGGAGAGAUGGUCACCUUCAUCAACUGGGGCAACCUCAUCAUCACCAAGAUCAACAAAGGGCCCGAUGCUAAGGUGGUCUCCCUGGAGGCUCGUCUGAACCUGGAGAACAAGGACUACAAGAAGACGACGAAGAUCACGUGGCUGGCCGACACAAACAGUGCCCCCCUGCUGCCCACCAUCUGCAUUACCUACCUGCCUCUCAUCUCCAAGGCCGUCAUCACCAAAGACGACGACUUCAAGGAGUACAUCAAUAAAAACAGCAAGCUGGAGGAGAAGAUGCUCGGCGAUCCUUGUCUGCAGAGCCUGAAGAAAGGUGACAUCAUCCAGCUCCAGAGGCGGGGCUUCUACAUCUGUGAUCAACCUUAUGAGCCUGUCAGUCCUAACAGCUGUAAGGAGAGUCCCUGUGUGCUGUUCUACAUUCCUGAUGGACACACCAAGGAGAUGCCCACUGCCGGAUCCAAGGACAAGAGCAAGAGCCAGGCUUCCAGCAAAGCAGUCAGUGCUCCUAAGCCUGCCUCGACCUCUGCAAAAUCCGCCCCUCCCUCAACGCCAGCACCUGCUCCAACAUCAGCCAGUGACUUGUUCUCAAGCAUUGUAGCACAGGGUGAAGCUGUCCGUCAACUAAAGGUUGCCAAGGCGCCCAAAGACGAAGUGGACAAGGCAGUUCAGCAGCUGCUCUCGCUGAAGGCACAGUUCAAGCAGCAGACGGGAACGGAGUACAAGCCGGGUAUGGCCCCUCCCACCUCUGAUCCAGCCCCGCCCCCCACAUCAACAGACUCCACCUCUUGUCCAUUCACCCAAGUUACAGAGCAGGGCGAGCUGGUCAGGAAACUGAAGGCAGAGAAGGCCCCUAAGGAUCAGAUCGACGUAGCAGUGAAGAAGCUCCUCGCUCUCAAGGCACAGUUUAAAACGCUGACCGGUCAAGAUUACAAACCUGGGAUGGCCCUUUCGGCUCCUGCUUCCUCUUCUCCAUCUCCUGCGACCUCUUCCUCUUCUCCCUGCGCUUCUUUGGGCCUGUAUGAGCGUGUUUCCCAACAGGGGGAGACUGUGAGGAAACUGAAGUCUGAAAAAGCCCCCAAGGACCAGGUCGACGCUGCAGUGAAACAACUGCUUGCCCUGAAGGCAGAAUACAAACAGGUCACAGGCCAGGACUACAAGCCUGGGGCAGCUCCGGUCCAGAAAGCCCCCGCCUUGGUCCAGAAAGCCCCCGCCUUGGCCCAGAAAGCCCCUGCGCCGGUCCAGAACAGUCCAAGCUCUGCCUGCGAUGCCACCGGCCUGUACGAGAAGGUCUCUGAGCAGGGAGAACUAGUUAGGAAACUGAAGGGGGAGAAAGCGUCAAAGGAUCAGGUCGAUGCUGCGGUGAAGCAGUUGUUGGCGCUGAAGACCGAGUAUAAACAGCAGACCGGGCAGGACUACAAACCUGGACUACAAGCUCCAGGUAGCCAGUCAAGCGUUUCCUCGACCAAGUCUAACACUCCAGCGCCAGCAGAGGACCUGUUCUCCCACAUUACCCAACAGGGAGAGCGAGUGAGAAAGUUGAAAUCUGAGAAGGCCCCCAAGGACCAGAUUGAUGAAGCUGUAAAGACUCUCCUGGACCUGAAGAGCAAGUACAAGACGCUCACUGGACAGGAGUACAAGCCAGUGGCCGCCGCUGGAGCCACCGGAGGAGAGGACAAAAACCGCAAGGAGAGGGAGAACAAGUCUGAGAAACAGGGAGGAGGAGGGAAGAAGGGUAAAGGAGACAAAGCCAACCAGGGCAAGGAGGCUUCAGGUGGAGCAGGAGUCCCAGGAGACGGUCAAGGUCCUAAGAAACAAACACGGUUGGGCUUGGAGGCCAAGAAAGAAGAGAACCUGGCUGAAUGGUACUCUCAGGUCAUCACUAAAGCGGAGAUGAUUGAGUACUAUGACGUUAGCGGCUGCUAUGUGCUGCGGCCCUGGUCCUACUCCAUUUGGGAGGCCAUUCAAGCCUUCUUUGACCGGGAGAUUAGGAAACUGGGCGUGGAGAACUGCUACUUCCCCAUGUUCGUCUCUCAGGCCGCCCUGGAGAAGGAAAAAAACCACAUAGAGGACUUUGCUCCGGAGGUUGCCUGGGUAACCAGGUCAGGAAAGACCGAGCUAGCGGAGCCCAUUGCUGUCAGACCCACCAGUGAGACAGUGAUGUACCCCGCCUUUGCUAAAUGGGUCCAGUCCCACAGAGACCUGCCAAUCAAAGUCAACCAGUGGUGUAACGUUGUGAGAUGGGAGUUCAAGCACCCGCAGCCCUUCUUGAGGACGAGAGAGUUCCUGUGGCAGGAGGGACAUACGGCCUUUGCCACCAAAGAGGAGGCGGAAGAGGAGGUGCUUCAGAUCCUGGAUCUGUACGCCAGGGUGUACGAGGAGCUGAUGGCCAUCCCCGUGGUGAAGGGGAGGAAGACCGAGAAGGAGAAGUUUGCUGGAGGAGAUUACACCACCACCGUGGAGGCGUAUAUCUCUGCCAGCGGCCGAGCCAUCCAGGGUGCCACGUCUCACCACCUCGGUCAGAACUUCGCCAAGAUGUUUGAGAUCACGUUUGAGGAUCCAAAGAAGCCGGGCGAGAAACAGCUGGCUUUCCAGAACUCCUGGGGACUCACAACCAGGACCAUCGGCGUUCUCACCAUGGUCCACGGGGACAACAUGGGACUCGUACUGCCACCCAGGGUGGCCUGCCAACAGGUUGUCGUCAUCCCAUGUGGGAUCACUGUCUCCCUGCCAGAGCAGGAGAAGGAGGCGGUGUUGGCCCAGUGCUCUAAAUACGUGAACAGGCUACAGGACGCUGGUGUCAGAGUGAAGCCGGACCUCCGAGACAAUUACUCACCAGGAUGGAAGUUCAACCACUGGGAACUCAAGGGAGUUCCUAUCCGCCUGGAAGUGGGUCCUAAGGACAUGCAGCAGCGUCAGUGCGUCGCUGUGAGGAGAGACUCCGGCGCAAAGGUGACCAUUCCGGAGGCCGAGGUGGAGAAGAGGCUGGUCGCCAUGUUGGAGGACAUCCAGAGCAGCCUGUUUAAAAAAGCUUCAGACGACCUGAAGCGCAACAUGGUGCCUGCAGACACGAUGGAGCAGUUCCAGAAAGAGUUGGAGCAGAACAAGAUUGUCCAGAUCCCGUUCUGUGGUGGAAUCGACUGUGAGGAUUGGAUCAAGAAAACCACUGCCAAGGACCAGGACCUGGAGCCUGGUGCGCCGUCCAUGGGAGCCAAGAGCCUCUGCAUCCCCUUCUCACCCCUGAAGACGCUGCAGCCCGGGCAGAUGUGUGUCAGCGGCAAGGAGCCCGCCAAGUACUACACCCUGUUCGGACGCAGCUACUGAGCAGCUGCCCGAGCACGAGGACCAACACCUCACCAGGAAAGGGCUCUCCUCCCUGCUCGGGUUGAUCUCUGGUUAGCAUAUCUGGUGAUAGGGGGAUGAGUUUACUGGACUGUGGUUUUGGAUUGGGAAGAAGUUUUUUUUUUUUUUUUUUUGUAUUUUAUUUACAUGUUAACAUAGGUCUAUAACUAUCUGGAAGAGGUGAGAAAAUAGUUUACUUUUUGAAUUCAGUUAUGAGAGGAAAAUGGUUGUAUGACGCUGCUGCUCUCCCACCUGGCUCAAUGCUCUUCAAAGGACAUAAAAGAACACUAACUGUCCUGCAGGGGUUUGUAUUGGCAUCAGAAUAAAAACUAGGAUAAUAUGUAAUAUCUACUAUUUCAAAAUCGAUAAUUUUUUGAGUUCCUACUUAUCACUGUCAAACUCGAGUUGGAUUUAGCUGGUUUUAGUAAAUGUUUGAUUCAUGGGAUAUUUCCUUCACCUUUUUAAAAUCUGGAAAAUAAAACGUAAAAUAUAGUUUCCAUUGCCGUCUGGGGGAAAUGACUCUGUGCCUGCCAACAGUCCAUCGCUCACCGCAAAACUGUCUCAGGCUGUAGAUGUGGUAUUAUUAUAAGAAGGCUCUCAGCUGUGCUCUAGGGCUGUUUACAGUAUGUGGUUUAGGAUUGUUAUUAACUUGAUCAUGACGUUAAUCAGUGGGCAGCUGAAUAUGGUAAAUAUAAUGUAUUCACGUGUCCGUUUUUAAAAGUCAAACUGGCCUACAUUGUUUUCGAUCCAUAAUAAAUAUGGGUGAUGUUUAAACUGGAGAUUCCACGCCCGGCUGUGUUGUUUUGGAGGGCAGUGUCAGAAAGAAGAAUGUAGAUGUGGAUUAGAAUGGCUAAGAUUACUUUUAAAUAUAAUACUGAUUGUCUAGCGAAGAGAUAAAAAAGGGGUACUUCUGUUUCCAUUUUCAAAAUAAAAUAAUUGGCAUGUA